AUGGAUGGCGAGAAUGAAAAUCAGCUGGAACCCCUACUCCGACAACAAACACCUGAGCAUUCUGAUCAUACCUUGUAUACUGCGGGCAGUGCUGCUUCAAAUGCGAUGCCAGACUCGGGCUGCGACCUUCCCUCAACUUCUGAAGCCAUCCUGUGCACCAACGGCUGGAACUUUGAUCAAUCAGCGGCUGCAUUUCAGUACCUGAGCCCCACACAAUUCGCCCAGACCAGGAUAUGGGCAAGUAUUCAUGCAGACGUAUACCAUGGUGAGGAAGAUUUUUCGAGGCCAGUUGUUCACGAUAUCGUCGACGAGCUCCCAAUCAAUACAGCUUUGGUCGGAGCGGCUGCCAACUUUCAUCCUCCUCCCCAAGAAGUGACCGAAAUACUCAAUCACAACGCCUUGUCGGAUCCGCGACUUUCCAUUUGCAUUGAUACUCCUCGCGCUCCUCGCAUCUCGCAAAUCCCCCGAAAUCUAGAAUCGAGCGAUAUUUUCCGAUUUACGGGAAACCGUGCAGAUCCUCUAUACCAGCGUCAAAGGAAACGUCGUUGUCUAUGUUGUCGGGUCGACAAGGGGAACCGUCCAUGCCUGGGAUAUCCAUUGUGCCAGCGAUGCAGCAUUCUCCCUGGUAUACAGGCAACACCUCCUACUUUGACGGAUAUACCGUAUCUUGACUGGAGACUCUGGUUUUUCCUGUGCCGUGACCUGGGCGAAAACAUUGCUCCAUUCCGGAAGAAGUAUCUCAAUGCCUCGCCGCUGCCUUUCGGAGCUGUUGCGCCAAUUGUACUUGACUUAGUAUUCGAGGACAGAAUGUCCAGACACUAUCUCAGCAGUAACCAUCUAGUUGUCUUCCAACCUCGCUUCACGGUGCUAUCCUUCGUUGUCGGUUCUGGAACGGAUCAGGCUUCACUCCGUGCCCCAGCCAUCUGCAUGCCCCAACUCGACUUGUUUGUAAUAGAAUCUAUGUGGGGAGAAGCUUACUCUCUUGAGACGUCUCACAAACUUUCUGACGACGAAAAUGAUCUCUUCUCGACUGCAAGGCUAUUCACUGGUUAUUUCUGUCUUCUUCACAACCUGGGAAACACCGUAGUCGACAGUGGUUCGGCCCCUGACUUUGGCUCAGCCCAGUUCUUAUCCAUGGAAAUGAUCUAUACCUUGGCCUUCCGGUUACAGAUGCUCUUUUCAGAGUUCGCGACACUUUGCACCAAGAUCAGCCAGAAGAGCGCUGGAAAAAAGAACGGCAGAAAGGCGCAUGCGGUUGUUGUCCUUUAUGCGCUAGAGGUUGUUUAUCGCGUCGCAGUGUCGAUGAAGACAUGCACCUGGGAUGUUCCUGCAGACAACCCUUUCCAUCCUCUGCUUCGACUAUGGACUGGCUUCACAAGACAAUCACGCAACAUCCUAUCGAGGAUAUUGGCAUACGAAUGCUACUGCUCCGGGGUUGACAAUGAAGGAACCCGGAUGACGAUACCACCAAUUGUCGAAUUCGCUCGCUCGGGAAGCUGCAGGAGCCUUCCAAGUCACCUCAGCAUUUUCGCGCAAAGACAGUGCCUUAUAUUCUACAUGGACCCGUUCCCAUCACUGAAUAAAGGUCCCAGUAAUCAAUACCUGAUCAACCUUUUAGCAUGUCCCAACAAUGACUUUACGCUCAGCGUCAUCAAUGGGUCUUCUCGGCUUCGCAAACGAUUCCCAGAGUACAUGGUGGCUCAGGAUAACUCGAAAGUCUUCCGUAGUGAGGUUGCUGUGACGUCGAAGGAUGACCCUAGGUCCAUUCGGUCAACGUCUUCGGUAUCCGCGGAGGAAACACUUUCCUCGGAGCGACGGGACGAACCCGAGUUUCUGUUUCAUAUCUCGGAUGGUCCAUCCUUGCAGUUUCCUGGAGAGCAUGACAUGUCAUUUUUGCGCAAUGAUCAUCCCCCUUCCGACACGAGCCACAUGGACUCGUGCUUGGAUUCGUCCAAGGGCGGUGUCAGUCCAUUAUUUGCUACCCCUGAGUCGUUCAACGAUGCUCUCGAAAGACUUCUAGCGUCAAACCAACGACAGAAUAAUUGGAGACUGCAGCGAAGCCUUGUUGAGACCGACACGACUCCACCCGCUGCGCGUCUGAGAGGUGAUUCACAGCUCAAACAGGUUGAUAUGCCUUUUCGGGGUUUGAAGCGAAAAUGGACAGGCCCCAAGUUAGCAUUCCGCGACUGA